GAGAGCAGAGCGGACUACGGCAACAUAUCUUCUUCCUACCAGAGGAAAUACACACCGACUCAUUCUCACAGCUACGGAGCAGUUACACCUUAUCAGUGCUCUACUGAAUUACCGGGACAUCUUCGACCCAAGGAGACUAGACAAAAUAAAGGAAAAACACGUUAAACGUUAUUACCUAUCGGUUAAAUUAGAGGAGCCUAUAUACCGAUAUCCCAGCAACACGAAAGAUAGACUUGGCUAGUCCACCAGGAUAACAUACCGGAGCUUUCGGGAGCACGAGGAAAGAGAGAGGGAUAAAGGAGAAGAAGACAGGAUGAUUCUCAAGCAUCAUUUGGUUCUGACGCUGUGCGCCGUCUACGGGAUCCUGCUAAAAGUGACGGCACAGAAAAGCACAUUGAGAGGGUCAUCGGGGCAGCACCCCUUGGUCCAGAAUCAGACAGUUACAGAGGGGGGGACAGCCAACAUGACUUGCAGGGUAGAGUACAACGACCAAACUUCCCUCCAGUGGUCUAACCCUGCACAGCAGACACUGUUCUUCGGAGACAAGAAAGCUCUGAGAGAUAACCGUAUCGAGCUGGUCCGAGCGUCGUGGUCAGAGCUGACCAUUAGUAUCAGUGAGAUCACACUGGCUGACGAGGGGAUGUACACCUGUUCUCUAUUCACCAUGCCUGUGAAGACCGCCAAGGCCUACCUUACUGUACUGGGGGUGCCAGAGAUGCCAGAGAUAGACGGUCUGACCAAGCCUGCCCUGGAGGGAGAUGAGAUCACUCUGACCUGCAUGACCCACGGCUCCAAGCCUGCUGCUGACCUCCGCUGGUUCAGGAACGAGAAGGAGAUCAAAGGUGCCAAGGAGGUGAAUGCCAGCGGAAAGACGUUCACAGUGACCAGUUCUCUACAGCUGCUAGUAGACAGGGACGAUGAUGGGGCAGCGUACACCUGUAAAGUAGACCACGUAGCCUUGUUACAGACACCACAGCAGGCUACUGAAGUACUGGAGGUGCACUAUGCUCCUCGUGUGGCGAUCACCAAUUCGUUGACGUUCCCUCAGGAGGGUCAGUACCUGAAGCUGGAGUGUGUCUCCAAAGGAAACCCAUCGCCAGACCCUGUGAUGUGGACUAAGGAUGGAGGAGAACUACCAGAUGUGGAGCGUAUGAUCGUAGAGGGAAGAGAGCUCACCUUCACCACCCUGAACAAAACAGAUAACGGAACGUACCGCUGUGAGGCCUCAAACCACCUGGGCACCAGCAGCGCUGAGUACCUACUGUAUGUCUACGACGUCCCCAGCACCCUCCCUCCAUCCACCACCCCACCUCCCCGCCCCACCCCACCAGACACCACCGUCCCCUUAGACCCCCACCUCGCCUCCUCAGACCCUCCAAACACCAACAACAGAGACCCCAACGCCAUGGGGCAGCAUGGUCCAGACCAUGCUCUGAUUGGAGGAGUGGUGGCGGUGGUGGUCUUCGUCACCUUGUGUCUCAUCAUCGUUCUGGGCCGCUACCUGGCCAGGCAUAAAGGAACGUACCUGACCAACGAGGCCAAAGGAGCGGACGACGCGCCUGAUGCUGAUACAGCUAUCAUCAACGCAGAGGGCAACACACAUGCUGAGGAGAAGAAGGAGUACUUUAUCUAGACUGUAGAGGGCGCUCUGAUCUGCUGCCCACUCUUUCUCUCUGUCUUUAUGUCUCUAUUCCUCUAUCUCUCCCUCUCUCCCCCCUCUCAUUCUCUUUAUCUCUCUCUCCGUCCCUUUCUGUACUUUAUUUAGACUGCAGAGGGGGAUAUGCUGCCGCCUCUUUCUCUCCCUAUUUCUCUCUCUCUCUCUUUCCAUUUUCUCCUCUCUCUCUCUCUCUCUCCACUGCCCCUGCUGCAUCACUAAGGAAACCCCUUGGGCAGUCCACAGAGAGGAAAAACUCCACCUUCUCCUUUUUCACUCAUCUCUUCUUUCCUGCUGGCCUUUCUGUUCUCUUUUUUUUAUCAUUUCAUUCCGCCCUUCACUUUUUCUACACUUUUAAUUUUUUAACUGUCCUAGUUUCUGACGCCGGCCUUCGUUUUUAAAGGCAGCGCCCUCUACUGGCUGUCUGGAGAUGUUGCCUUUUAUUUUAAUUUUAAAUUUUACAUAUUUUAUGUGAAAUAAACCCCUGAGAAUCUGCAUAUCCACGUACA